GGGUAACAGCUAGUUUUAAAUAAAGUAAGAGUAAAUUAAUACUAUUUAAUACCCUAACUGAUUUAGCAGGUUCUAAAUUUUAACAAUUUAAACACACGUUACGUCCAGCAAUAAUACUAUUUGCAUGAGAGUAUGUCAAAAGUAAAACUUUUUGGAAUUCAAUAUUUUUACUCUAGACGUCGAUGGUGUUUGACACUGCGUUGCUAGGCAACGGUUAAAAACAAACAUUGGCGUCACCACCGCCUUGUUUUCAGACAAGGAGUUCUAAGUGAGAAUGUUUGUUUUCAAUUUAAAUUAACCACAGUUAAAUGUGGGUCUACAAAUUCAGAUAAUGGCGUGUAAGACGUCAUAUGAACUACAUCACCAUUUUCCUAAAAUUGCAGAAGAAUCUGGUUUUGCAUUUAACACACAUCGGCCCCGGAUUCAUAUAGACUGGAAUAAGAUCAGACUGAUAGACCUAGAUAGUUUAAUAAAAGAAAGAAAAUUUGUAAUUAUUGAACAACAUCUGAAUGACAUAUUAGAUUGCGUGUUAGAGUCAGAGUUCGAUGUACGAAUUCUCGAUGAUGGGGUCAUGAAACUAUUCCGGCUAGCUCAACUGGCUGUUGAAUACCAACAAUUCUGCCGUCACUACCUCGACAGAAGCGUUUAUGUUCUGAGGGAAGAAAUAACUUCAUUAGCCCAGGAGCUUGAUACCUGUAAACGAGACUUAAAAGAAAAAGACGAAGAAAUCCGUCGACUUAAAAAAAGAUCGAGGCAUAGCUAUAAAGCUCCUUUGCCCUAUGGCAAUGAUAAUAUAGCAACAAUGAUUUUAAAAACCCUUUCCCAUAAGGGAGAAAUGUUUCCAUCGACGUCAAACGACGCACUACAAUACAAUAAGUGCGGUUACUGUGACAAAGUGUUUCUAAAUCAACUAUACUUGAAAAGUCAUAUAUCUAGACGGCAUGGAAAUGUUAUCGAAACACCUCAGAAAGAUAACCAAGAAAACAAUCCAAAUAACCAAAAUACUAAAUUAAGUGAAGAAGUUAAUGAACUUAAAACUAAAAUAAAAGAAAUGGAAACGAUCAUUGCAAAUGCAAACAACCAGGCGAAAUCCACCAAUAAGAGUGAAGAUACAAAACCCAAUAAUGCUAACCCUGCUAAUAAUGUUGUAGUAGCGAAGGUGAUAGAAAAAGUAAUGAAAGAUGCUGAAGUUUCAACCAAUAACGAAGAUUAUUUAUUGAAUAAAAUCGAAGAAUGGAAAAAAGAGGAACACGAAAAUUAUAACAAGGAAAUGAAUAAGUUACGAGUCCAAAUAAUGGAAACGAUAAACAAUUUCAAGGAAAAAGACAAUGAGAAACCUGUUGCUAAUGAAUCGACCGUAAUAUUGCAAUUACACGAGACUAUAAAACAACAAGGAAUAGAAAUUUCUGCGUUGAAGAAAGAACUAAUCGAUUCGAGGUUAAAAACUGAGAAAGAUAUUGCCGCUAGAAGCAAAGAAGCCGAGGCCCAAGUUCAAAUAUGGGCGAAUCGAGCAGAAGCUCAAACGAAGCAAUACGAAUUGUUGCUACAAAAGUUAAACGAUGUCGCGAGGGACGGAAAAGAGUCUCGCGCUCUUGCAGAAGCAGAGAGGGAACGAGCGACCCAGUUACAAAUACUAUUACAACAGAGUUUAAAUUCAAAAUCCAACGGAAAUAUUGAUAGGUUUGAUAGCACUGAUGACGCAUUGACUCCUAACAAAAAAACCAACUCUUCUAAUAUCAGGAAAAAGAUGCCAAAAAAGAAGCCCCAAUUAAAUAAAACAGAUCAAGACGCUGACCGCAAGACACUCGAAAAUCUUCAUCGAAAGGCACAAGAAUUGCUGAAUAUUGGCUCAAUAACAUCCAGCUCUUCAGAUAUUUCAAGUGUGGAUAACGCAAAACAAACUGUUACUGCAGACAUUGUGACUGUUAAACGAUCUAAUAAAGAUAAAGUGGACAUGCCCAAUAAAAGCAAACCUGUUGAAGAAAAUGCACGAAAUUCUCAAAAUACUCGUGAGCCGCAGAAAGUAUCGAAAGUUAAGGAAGUUAAAUUGAAGAAAGAAAAACCUAAAACAAAUCACAUUAAAGUAUUAAAAGAAGGAAAUGGUUUAGUGUUGCCACCGGGAAGUCCCAUGAAAGUUGUAAGAGCAAAAAUUACUGAAGAAGUAAACAGUCGUUUAGUGUCGGCUGGAGUAGACCCACUAAAAGCGAGACUAGCACGAAGCGUCUUCCAAAAGCAACGUAUGCAAAUUCAUCAACUACAGGAACUCAAAUCUAAGAAAAACCCAGAGCACGAAAAGAUCCGCCGCACAAUACUGGCACAUUUGGAUACAAGUACGACAAACAUCAGAAAAGAAGUUCCUCAAAUUCAGGAUUACGUCUCUCCAACCAAAUUAUCUAAACCUUUUAAGAAUUUUACAACAGUUAUGUCCAAUGUUAAAACAAAGGCUUUAUCACUCGUAAAGAUGAACGACACUCACGCAAAAGGGAAGCGCAAAUCGCCCGGUGCUGCAGUCUCAAAGCGUGCAUUAUCUUUAUUGAAGACUCCUCCGGGCUCUGCCUCUAACAGCCCAGUAGCAGUAAAACGUAGCCCAUUUAAGGCGUUUACCACAUCACAAAAUGAACCUAAUGUUUAUUCCACAAGUGCGGCAUCCAAAGCUAAUAACGAGGCGAAAGACACAAGUAAACAAAAGCCGCCUUCGAUAUCCCAAGUUCAGGAAACUGUAACUAGCUUCUCAGAAGAUGAUUCAGACGAAAGUGAUCAAAAAUAUUACAAUACAAAUACUGCUCCCCAGAUAUCUAAAUCAAUUGAGAAUUUAAUCAAAUCUCCGGCACGAAGACCAGCGUCAGCUACAGCUGACUAUACACACGCCGUGAAAAAAAAUACUAUUAACGAUGAUAACUUGUUGCGUACACAGUCAGCAGCCAGUUUAAUUGAGCGAUCUCAGACGUCGACAGAACCAGUAAAAAAAAUACACUCGAAAGACAACAACGAUAAUAGUUCCGAAGAUGCAGAAUCACAAUCGGAUAUACCAGUCAAAAAAGUUUUUUUAAUUGACAACUCCCAAAAUCCAAUGAAACAAACGAAAAGUGUUUUGAAAAACGCUUCCUCAACAUCGUCGUUAAACAAAAAGAAAGUAUUAUUUGAUAUGGAUGCAAUUCAAAUGAAAUCAGUUAGUGCUUCCCCGUCGCAAAGCAUUACAGAGAAAAGUGAUGGCAAUGAGAAAUAUGAAUUAGGUUUAGUAAACCUAGAUGGAGAAGAGUGGGAUAUUUCGAGUAUAGAAAAUGAACCCCUAAAAAUCGACACGAAGAUUCAGAAUAUAACUCGCACCAGUCCAAAAAUUGCCGAGUUAAAAGAAAAAAUAGAAUCACAGUUAGCUCGACGUAACGAGACUCCGACAGUCCCACUUGUGGGUCGAGUUGACGUACUAGCCGGCGCUGGCUCGUUGACGAAAGCUGCGAGUUUAGCAGGCAGCAAUACGAGCCUCGGAAGUUCGAUUCUAGACGAUUCUGAAAGUGUGCCAAUUGUAAACCACAAAACUUUUGUAAAAUCUAAAAAACCUGUCAAGGAGGACAGUGACAUAGAUAUUUCUGAAUUUAGCAUAGAAGGUAUCGUAAAUAAGAAUGAAUCUUUUUAAUUUAGUAAGUAUAUUUUUUUAGAUGUAAGCAGGUAAUUUUAUGGAAUAGCUCAUAGCUCUUACAGCAGUUUAAUGUGUUACUUACCUUGUUGCGUAAGAUUUUCUACAUUUUUGUUUCAAAUAAGUAUUACUAAAUGAAUACACACCUACUAUAAGUACAAUAAAUAUUAUUAAUUAAAUGGUGAAAUUUUAAUGAGC